UGUAAGUUUCCUUUUCUGGAGCAUGUAGUUUGCCAUGAACUUUUCUGGCAAUCUUCAUCAUCUGAAGAAAUUUGUGAAAGGAACUGACAAUGAUGAAGGAGAAGCUUCUAACCAUGAAGCCACAAGAACUGAGUUCUGUGGUAUUUUUGAUGCGAGGAAAACCUAUGAGGAAAUUAUUGGAGGUGAACUGAAAACUGAACAACAAAUUAAAGAGUCUCAUGUCACUUUAGAGUAUCAUCAAAUCUCACUUCAACCUCCACCAGUUGAGGCUUUCUUAGCACGCCCAGCAUCUUCCCAUAGUUUGACCAAACCGCCCACUCUCAGUUUACUGAUGAAGCAUGCUGAACUCAAUGAUUGUGAGAGGCUCAUGGAAGGUCUGGAACAAGAUCCUAGUUUGAUUGAUUCAGUCGAUCAAUUUGGUUGGUCACUUCUCAUGGUAGCCGCCUGUGCCGGUGCACUUCAAGUCGUUCAACUUCUGCUCGAUUCAGGAGCAAAUAGAAGUCUGAGAGAUAAGGCAGGGAACUCGUGCAUUUCACUGGCCAGAAAAAAUGGCCACUUGAAAGUAGUGGAAAAUAUACUGAAAUUUAGUCCUGUUACUGCAGGUCAUGAUUCAGACACAUCAGCCCAGGAAACUCCUCCUUUUAAAGUAGAAUUGUGCCCUGCCUGCAAUAUCAGUGUCAUCCAAUCCCAAAAAAAGAGUCAUCUGACGUCAACAGUUCACCAGCUGAGUCAAUGUUCCAAGGGUUGCAAGACAUAUUACAGCAUUUCUGGAAGUAAUCGUGGGUAUCAGCUGAUGUUGAAAAAUGGCUGGGAUGGAGAAAAAGGCCUUGGACCAUCAGGAAGUGGAUUAAAGUUCCCGCCCAAGACAACAUUGAAAAGGGACCGAAAGGGGCUAGGGUUAUCCAAAGGGAUUGCUCGGAUCACUCAUUUUAGAUCUAAUGACAUAAAAGCAGUUGCUGAAAAACCAGUACCUUUAAGACAUGAUAACAAGAAAAAAUUAAAUCAACGACUUUACCGAGAAAAAAUGAUUGAAAUGUCAUUGAGACGAGAUUUGAGUUAA